GGUUUGUCUGGGGGGGGGGAGGGAACACAGAGAGGAGUGUGUGUGUGUGUGUGUGUGCGUGCCCUUUCUGUAGAGAGGGAAGGCAGAAGGAGGGAAACAGGGUUUGGGGAUGGCAGUUGGAACUGAGCAGGGUUCUUGGAGCCCAACCCAGUGAAGUGUGUGUGUGUGCGAGCGUGCGCCUGGAGCCGCGGUGCAGAGAACGCGCUCGUCCAGCGGCCGAGCGGCACGACAAUGAGGUACCGCGUGAUGGUGCUGGGCAGCGAGGGCGUGCGCGUCAUGGAGAGCGCUCUGACGGCCCGCGACAGGGUCGGCGUGCAGGACUUCGUCCUGCUGGAGAACUACACGAGCGAGGCGGCGUUCGUCGAGAACCUGCGCAGGAGGUUCAAGGAGAACCUCAUCUACACGUACAUCGGCUCCGUCCUGGUGUCCAUGAACCCGUACAAGGAGCUGGAGAUCUACAGCCGGCAGCACAUGGACCGCUACCGAGGAGUGAGCUUCUUUGAGAUCUCACCUCACAUCUACGCCGUGUCGGACAACGCGUACCGGUCCAUGCGGACGGAGCGGCGCGAUCAGUGCAUCCUGAUCUCGGGCGAGAGCGGCGCCGGUAAGACGGAGGCGUCCAAGAAGGUCCUGCAGUACUACGCGGUGACGUGUCCCGCCAGCGAGCAGGUGCAGACCGUGAAGGACCGCCUGCUGCAGUCGAAUCCCGUCCUGGAGGCGUUCGGGAAUGCCAAGACCCUACGCAACGACAACUCGAGUCGGUUUGGGAAGUACAUGGACGUCCAGUUUGACUUCAGGGGAGCCCCGGUCGGAGGCCACAUCCUGAACUACCUGCUGGAGAAGUCCCGAGUGGUCCACCAGAACCACGGAGAGCGCAACUUCCACAUCUUCUACCAGCUCAUCGAGGGCGGAGAGGAGGACCUGCUACGGAGGCUGGGUCUGGAGAGGAACCCGCAGCUGUACCAGUACCUGGUUAAGGGCAACUGUCCGAAGGUGAGCUCCAUCAACGACCGCAACGAGUGGAAGGUUGUGAGGAAAGCCCUGUCCAUCAUCGGCUUCUGCGAGGAGGAGGUGGAGGAGCUCCUGAACAUCAUCGCUAGUGUUCUUCACCUGGGCAACGUGCACUUUGAGGAGGAGGACAGCGGCAGCGCAGCAGUCACCACGGAAACGCAGAUAAAGUAUCUGGCGCGGCUGCUGGCUGUGGAUGGAACUCUGUUGAAAGAGGCCCUCACCCACAAGAAGAUCACUGCCAAGGGGGAGGAGCUCAUGAGCCCCCUGAACCUGGAGCAGGCGGCGUCUGCGCGGGACGCCCUGUCCAAGGCCGUGUACGGACGCACCUUCACCUGGCUCGUCAAUAAGAUCAAUGCGUCUCUGGCCUAUAAGGACGAGGUGUACCCCACCAGCCGGAGCGCCUCCGUCAUCGGACUUCUGGACAUCUAUGGCUUCGAGGUCUUCCAGCACAACAGCUUUGAGCAGUUCUGCAUCAACUACUGCAAUGAAAAGCUACAGCAGCUGUUCAUCGAGCUGACGCUCAAGUCGGAGCAGGAGGAGUACGAGUCCGAGGGCAUUGCGUGGGAGCCCGUGCCGUUCUUCAACAACAAGAUCAUCUGUGACCUGGUGGAGGAGAAGUUCAGAGGCAUCAUCUCCAUCCUGGACGAGGAGUGCCUGAGACCCGGGGAUGCCAGCGACAUCACCUUCCUGGAGAAGCUGGAGGACACGGUUGGGGGUCACCCCCAUUUCGUGACACACAAGCUGGCGGACGGAAAGGUCCGGAAGGUGCUGGGCAGGGAUGAGUUCAGACUGCUUCACUACGCCGGAGAGGUCAACUACAGUGUCAAUGGAUUUCUGGACAAGAACAAUGACCUUCUUUUCAGAAACCUGAAGGAGGUCAUGUGCCAGUCGGAGAACAACAUCGUGACGCAGUGCUUCGACAGGGACGAGCUCACAGACAAGAAGCGCCCGGAGACGACGGCCACUCAGUUCAAGAACAGCCUGGCCAAACUCAUGGAGAUCCUCAUGUCCAAGGAGCCGUCGUACAUCCGCUGCAUCAAGCCCAACGAUGCCAAGCAGCCAGGACGCUUCGACGAAAUGCUCAUCCGCCACCAGGUCAAGUACCUGGGCCUCAUGGAGAACCUGCGGGUGCGACGUGCCGGCUUCGCCUAUCGCCGCCGCUACGAGGUCUUCCUUCAGAGGUACAAGCCCCUGUGUCCGGAGACGUGGCCCAACUGGGACGGGCGGCUGGCUGACGGAGUGUCCACCCUGGUCAAACACCUGGGCUACAAGCCUGAUGAGUUCAAACUGGGCAGGUCAAAAAUAUUCAUCCGUUUCCCGAAGACCCUGUUUGCCACCGAAGACGCCCUGGAAGUGAAGAAGCACAGCAUAGCCACCAUCCUGCAGUCCAACUGGAGGGGCUACAGAGAGAGAUCCAAAUACCAAAGGCUGAGACUCGCUGCUAUCGCUAUCCAGUCAUGGUGGAGGGGUGUGUUGGACCGCCGAAGAGCCCGGAUCAGAAAGCAGGCCGCUGACACGAUCCGCAGUUUCAUCAAAGGUUUCAUCUACCGCAAUCACCCUCGCUGCCCCGAAAAUGAAUAUUUCCUGGACUAUGUGCGCUACUCCUUUCUCAUGAACCUGCGCAGGAACCUGCCCAAGAACGUCCUGGACAAGAGCUGGCCAAAGCCGCCCCCAGCUCUCAUCGAGGCCUCGGAACAUCUGCGCAAAAUGUGCAUGCAGAACAUGGUGCGGAUCUACUGCAGGAAGACCCAGCCUGAAUGGAAGAACCAGAUGGAGCAGAAGGUGACAGCAAGUGAGAUCUUCAGGGACAAAGACAGCUACCCCCAGAGCGUCCCAAAGCUCUUUGUAGGAACCAGACUCAGCACUGAAGAGAUCAACCCCAAGGUGCUACAGGCACUGGCCAACGACAAGGUCAAGUAUGCUGUGGCUGUUACCAAGUAUGACAGGAAGGGGUACCGUCCCCGAUCACGGCAGCUCCUGCUCAUGUCCACCUUUGCCGUCAUUGUGGAGCAGGGCAAGCUCAAGCAGCGCAUCGACUACUCGGCGCUCAGGGGCAUCUCUGUCAGCUCUCUCAGCGAUGGUGUGUUCGUGCUGCACUUACCAUUCGAGGACAAGAAGCAGAAGGGUGACGUGGUUCUGCAGACUGACCAUUUAAUCGAGGCCCUGACGAAGUUGGCCAUCAGUGCGGACAAAGUCAGCUGUGUCAACGUCAGCCAAGACAGUAUUAAGUUCACGGUGGGCCGGGGCAAGGAAGCGCUCAUCGACUUCACGGUCGGUCCGGAGCUGCUGAUCACGAAGGCCAAGAACGGACACCUGUCUGUGACGGCCCCUCGCCUCAAUUCAAGAUGAUGAUGCCGGUUGACUGCUUCAUACAGAAGAAAAUAUGCAAGAAAAGGAUUGCAUUCUUGGUCUCAUCACUCCUGUACAGCUGUCGACCAAAACACCUUAUGGAUGCCUUAUAAAUAUUUGCCUUAACAAAUUGAAUCGCUCCUUUGCCUUGGCCAAUCAGAUCGCGCCCUUGCCUUGACCAGCCAGAUUGCGCCUUUCCGUUGGCCAAUCAGGUCACGCCUUUGCCUUGCCCAAUCAGACUUUUCUUUGUGUUAACCAGUCAAUUCUUUUGCUCAUCUGCCAUCAUAUGUCUUAUUCAGUUAUCCAGUAAAACAUUUCCAGUUAAAGAAAUUCACAGCUUUUACGUUUUGUAUAUAAUACCCAACACUGUUAUAACAAGAAAUUCGCAUUUUUAGGAGUGAAUGUGUUUUAUUCAAAGUGUAUUUUAUUGAAUGUGCUCAUCUUGAGCUCUUCUGACUAGACUCUCAAGACCAGAGUUUUUAUAGAGUUUUGCUCCUGCUCGCCUACUGAUACCAUCCUCCUUGUCUUACUUUCUCAAAACCUGUCCGUGUUACACAUAAGAUUCACAGCUAACAAGCAGUAUGAAGAUGCUCGUUGACUUCGUGUGACCCUGUGCUCUUCCUGUUUGUGCACCUGGUUAUUUGUGUGAUUCCUUGCUGAAAAUAACCCGUCUUCAGCACAGCAAAGCGAGCAGGGAGGGUACCCUGUGGUUAUCGGUGAAGCUCCUGAAUGUCCGUUUCCAUACUGAGUUUCUUUCUCCUGCUCUUUGUGGUCAUCAUUGUUUGAGGUUGACUUGUAUUGGUCUUGUUCAGUCAAAGCUCAGUGCUCUUUGUUACUAAACUGAUCAUAGAGAGUUGCCAAACCCUGGUUAUCAAAGUUAUUUUACGGUCAAGGCACUGAAGUCCUUUCUGGAAGCAGGUAUUGCAGAUACAUAAAGGGCAGAUCCAAAAAAAUAGAGAAUUAUAUGAAAUACAUGUGUGGACUCGUUUUUAGCCUUCUUCAAUUUCUAUGCAGAAAGAGAUCUGACAUAAUUAGGAAAAGCGAAACUAAACUGCAUACAACUCUUUAGGAUGUCUUCAUCGUUACGCUGUGAUUGAAGGCUGAAAGUACAAUGUCGUUGUGCACCGAAGUGCGAAAAUACAACCUUCGAGCAACAAAUAGUGGUCUAAUUAUGGUAUCAUAACAGAAGGUGUUGGGUAGGUAUUUAUUUGCUCAACUUUGUGUUGAAGGUCAUUUUGAAAUCGUAUCAUAAUUCUGUGCUUUUGAGAACUGUCCUUUAUUAACAUUCUUGAACACACAAAAGGUAAAUUAAAUGAAUAUUUCAGUGAAGUGUUACAUAUGAUAAGAAUGCUCCAUCUAUGGUUAAAAGUGUCAGAAAGAGUGGGAGAGUGAGUGUGAAGGUAUGAGAAGAUGCCUGGAAGUAGGGGUGGCACAGCACGGUGGUUUCGGAUGUUUGAACCUCAGCUCGGGUUAAUUAGACGUUCAGAAGAAAUCUGAUUAAUUUGACAAGCAGUUGUCCUGAGCUUGAUGUAUGGACUGUCAGCAUUCAAUUCAGUCAUGCCAAACAAGUCAACUCCCCAUCUACACAUGCAAAAAAGAAUGAAUGGAAUGUAUUUUUAGUUUUUUAAGCAUAGUUACUUCUGUUUUUCUUGGAAGCGUGCCUCCCGAAACACUUAAACAGAAAGCCAAUCAGCAAUGUCAAGUGCAGUUUUUUUUUUCCCCAAAAGAGUUUGAUGUUGCUCAUGUGCCUCAUGUUUGUAGUUUUCAUGUCAUUGAACAUGUGUUGUUAGUGUGUGAUCCGGUCUGCAUUCUGCAGCUCAGUUAUUGUCGCCGUGUCUGAAAGAGAUGGUCUGGUUUCAUUCACGCUUGGCCGUGUCCUUCCUAACAACAUCUUUCACGUCAAAAUCGGGUGCUUCAGAGUAAUAAACUAUACAGCCCGUAUUGAUGCACAUUUGUAUGUGUACGGACAGUAUGUUUAUACAUAUGCAAUUUAUCAAACUGCAGCUAAUUCAUCUGUGUUAAAUACCAGUAUUUAUCCCUUUCAUUGCAUGUUUAUCCAAAAUCUCUGUGUAGUGAUUUUCGGGUUGAGUUAUUUGUGUGCACAUUCUUAUGUAACGUGAAUAACACACUAAGACAUAAAAAAUAAAAAGGAGAAUUAUGAAGAAAUAAAAAGAAAACUGGUCAU